AUGGCACUAGCCCUUGGCCUAAUCAUUGUGAGCUUGGCAGGCCAAUGUUACGCCGGCAGCAGUGCAGCACUUCAGGUAGGAUUUUACAAGGGAAAAUGUGGGAUCUUCGAUGUUGAGGGCAUUGUAGCUGGUCUUGUCAAGGCUAAGUUUUUCAAGGACCCUACAAUUGCGCCGGCGCUCAUUCGCAUGCAAUUCCACGAUUGCUUUGUCAGCGGAUGUGAUGCAUCGCUUCUUCUAAAUGGGGGCUCCAGCGAGAGAUUUGCUUCUCCAAAUCUGAGUGUAAGGGGCUAUGAAUUUAUUGACGAGGUGAAAGAUGCCGUGGAGAGCUUCUGCCCUGGACUGGUCUCUUGUGCUGAUAUCAUUGCCAUCGCUACGAGGGACGUCAUUUCCCUGAGCGGAGGAGGGCGAUACCGAGUAGAAACAGGGAGAAGGGAUGGCUUUGAAUCCCUUGCUGAAAAUGUUGAUCUUCCUGGUCCUCAAAUACCUGUAUCAGAAUCCAUUGCUGCAUUUGCAAGAAAAGGACUUAAUGUUACUGAUAUGGUUUAUCUUCUGGGUGGCCAUACCGUUGGUGUUGCACAUUGUUUCUUUUUCCAAGAUCGACUUUACAAUUUCCAAAAUACUGGAAGACCUGACCCAACCAUGGAUCGGGAGUUAGUGAGAUCCCUAAGGUCGAGGUGUCCCCAGAAGUCGACAGGCUACAACAUUGUCAGUCUCGACCAGAACUUUUUGAGCUCCUUCAUCGUUGAUAACUCAUUCUACCAGCAAAUCUUAAGGAAAAGGGGGGUUCUCCAAAUCGAUCAACGGCUAGCGUUGGACCCAAGAACCAGGGACAUAGUGACAACGAUAGCCAGUGGUCGUGCUUCUGACUUCGGCAGUAAAUUCGGGGAAGCCAUGAUCAAGAUGGGAGCAAUCCAAGUCCUUACUGGCACAGAAGGAGAAAUAAGAAAAUCAUGCAGUGUUAUUAAUUAA